UGAAUUUGGAUUGGAACGAACAAAAUAAGAUUUUCAUUUCAUUUCUGAGAUCGUAUUGUGUUGAAACAAAUUGCGAACAAGCUUUAAAAAAUAUCUGUUGAAAUAGGAAAUCACUAUCAUCAGCAGAUUAAAACUGUAUCGAACUUUGAAAGCAGUAUCUAGAGAUUCGGAUAUUUGUUUCUCUUUCUUUCUUCGCGGUAAUGGAAGCUGAUGUAUCUAUUUCCUCCUAAGGCCCUCAUCACAAUCAAAUCUCUUUCGUUCCACAGAGAGCUAGGGUUUUCUUUUUCAAUCGAAUUUCUUUUGGGUUUUUAAGUUUUCAGUUUUCGGAUGAAGAUGAAUCGAGUUGUGGUUUUAUUAUUGUUAUCAUGGUUUCUCUGCUUCUCGAGUGUUUUCUGGAUGACUUCUGCCAGUGUGGUUUUGAUUGGUAACAACGUUACCCUCUCUUUCGAUGAUAUUGAAGCUAAUUUUGCUCCGGCAAUUAAAGGGUCAGGGGAAUGCGGAGUAUUAUAUUUGGCAAAUCCUCUUGAUGCCUGUUCGGACUUGAGUAUUAAAGUUGAUGAACUUUCAAAUGGUUCGUCCCCAUUUGCAUUGGUUAUUAGAGGAGGGUGUAGUUUUGAAGAGAAAGUAAGGAGAGUGCAAAAGGCAGGAUUUGAAGCCGCUAUUGUCUAUGACAAUGAUGAUGAUGGUGUCUUGGUUGCAAUGGCAGGGAAUGCAGCUGGCAUUAAGAUACAUGCUGUCUUUGUUUCCAAAGCUUCUGGUGAAAUACUCAAAAAGUUUGCUGGGUCUACUGAUAUGGAACUGUGGCUAAUCCCUAGCUUUGAAAACUCAGCAUGGUCGAUCAUGGCCAUCUCCUUUAUUUCUCUACUUGCCAUGUCAGCAGUGCUGGCAACUUGUUUCUUUGUACGCAGACAUCGCAUUAGGCGAGAACUCCCACAGUCCUCUCGAGUUCGUGAAUUUCAUGGAAUGAGCCGGCGUUUAGUAAAAGCAAUGCCUAGCUUGAUAUUCACUGCUGUCUUGGAAGAUAAUUGUACUUCAAUAACCUGUGCGAUAUGUCUUGAAGAUUAUACUGUGGGUGAGAAGCUCAGGAUUCUUCCAUGUCGCCACAAGUUUCAUGCUUUUUGUGUUGAUUCCUGGCUUACAACUUGGAGAACUUUUUGCCCUGUUUGUAAGCGUGAUGCAAGAACUAGCACAGGUGAUCCACCUGCAUCAGAAAGUACACCAUUGCUUUCUUCCACCCUGAGCACUAUGUCGUCCUCUGCAUUGUCAUCUGUUCGAUCUUCAUUAGCAUCAUCAUCAGCCAUACAAAUUGCCCCGGCAGUGUCACGGUCUCCAUCAGUUGCUCAUACUCAUUCUCUUGCCAGCAAUCCAUACAUUCAGCAAUCACUUAGGUCCUAUCGUCAAUCUCCUAUGAGCUUCAGCCGAAGCUCGGUAGACCUUAGGAACGCAUCUUCUCAAAGAUCUCGUGCUUCUCAUCUGGUUUCGCCGGCAUCAUUGAAUUACCCUUCUAUAUCGCCUCUUAAUGCAAGGUACAUCUCCCCAUAUUUUCCAAGCCCAAGCAACGCAUCACCAAGUAUAGUCAGUUCUUCGGGUCACCCACUGCAUCCGCUGCAUUAUAGCGAGUCUGCUGCUAGUUUUUCUCCUUUUGCAUCUGCUCAAUCUCUUCCAGACUGUUAAUUAGAUGAGUGAUAAGGAGGUGAGUUUCAUGGAGUCAUAGGUUGUGAUAGCAUUAUUGAGUUCCUUCGGAUGUGAUUGUGUAGAAUGUUAACAUGCUGCUGCUACCAGAUGUGUACAUUGUAACAUAAGAUUCGUGUGAGUUACUUUGAUUCCCCAAGUGAAAUUGUGGCAUUUACAUAAAUGAGGUUAAUGUGUGUAACGUGAAUAGAGGGAUUAUUUGUACAGUGUUUCUGCAGUCCCUUACUACUAAAUGCUUAAAGCCUAAUCCUGCCCAUUUGGUUUUACUUUUCCGGUUAA